AAGCUGGAAGGUGGAGAGAGAAAGAGAGGUUAGCCGUGCAUCGGGGGGUGGGGGAGACCGAAGGCGAUGCCGCGAGGCUCCUCGUCUCAGUUUACCACACAGAGACCUUUUUUUCGCAUCGGAAUACGUUAUAGAAUAAAACCUAAAACAUGGCCAAGGUGAUCACAAUGCUUCAAACCCUCAGAAAUCACUGGAAGAAGACUACAGUUGGGAUCUGCCUGGUUACAUGGGGAGGAAACUGGCUUUAUGGAAAACACUGGUAUGGGGCAACCAAAUUAUUCCUUCCAAUAUGCAGAUAAAGAAAGCAACGGUAUUUCUCAACCCUGCAGCUUGCAAAGGCAAAGCCAGAACUCUUUUUGAAAAGAAUGCAGCUCCAAUUCUUCACUUAUCUGGUCUGGAUGUGACUGUGGUGAAGACAGAUCAUGAAGGGCAAGCAAAGAAGUUGUUGGAACUGAUGGAAAACACCGAUAUGAUCAUCAUUGCAGGAGGAGAUGGAACAGUGCAAGAGGUUAUAACUGGGCUUCUCCGAAGAGCAGAUGAGAUUCCCAUCGGAUUCAUUCCUCUUGGAAAAACCAGCACUUUAAGUCAUACACUUUAUGCGAAGAACGAUAACCAAGUCCAGUGUAUCACUGAUGCCACGUUGUCCAUACUGAGAGGAGAGACAGUUCAACUUGACGUAAUGCAGAUUAAGGGGAACAAAGAACAGCCAGUGUUUGCUGUCAGUGGCUUACGGUGGGGCUCUUACAGAGAUGCAGGAGCAAAAGUCAGCAAGAGUGGCCUCAGAAACAUCAAGCUUCCCUUACCUAUUUGGGCCCCAUUCCGAGGCCACCUGAGGAGCCAGAGCAGAAGACAUCUCGACCUCCUUUGUACAUUAGGCUUUAUAAGAGACUUGCAUAUUAUUGGACACCCUCUCCCAAAGAAAUCCCAAAGGAGGAGACCCCAGAGGCCUGGAAUGAAAUUCCAUUGUCUGCCCUUGAAUUCUGCAUCACUACUCAAAACAGGAAUCUCAAUCUUAAACGUGAAGAAGACUUCAUGAAUAUUUGUAUUGAACCAGAUGAAAUCAGUAGGGGAGACUAUGUAAAAAGAGGAAGCCAAAAGAUGAAGGAUCCCCACUUGUGUCCUGAAGGAAGUCAAUGUCUUCAGGCUAGCAAAUGUGUUUUGCAACUUCCAGAG